UCCAAUUGAGACGCGAUUUUCACACAAUUCAUUCAAAAACCAUUGAAACCAUUGGUAUUACAUGUAUUUGGGCAGUAAUGCCAUUGAGUCGGUGCCCCGGGAUAUCCAUCGCCUGGAAUCGUUGCGUUUGCUGUAUUUGGGAGGCAAUCAACUGUCGGAACUGCCCGAAGAGGUGGGCCGACUGCAGCACUUGGAGUCGCUGUCUCUGUGCGAGAAUCAACUGAAAAGUCUGCCGCCGACUAUCGCACAGUUGAAGUCCUUGCGGUCACUCGCCCUCCACCGCAACUGCUUGACUACAUUGCCGCCACAAAUCGUUAAAUUACGAUAUCUUAUGGAACUGUCCCUCAGAAACAAUCCGCUGGUUAUGCGGUUCAUCCGGGAUAUGAUGUAUGACGUGCCGAGUCUCAUGGAACUGGCCGCCCGGUCCAUCAAAUUAAAUAAACUUCAUUACAGUGCCGAUGAACUGCCAAACUGUUUGGUCGGUUACCUCAAUAGUGCUCAUCGAUGUGUAAACCCUAAGUGCAAAGGCGUAUACUUUGACUCACGUGUGCAACACAUAAAGUUUGUGGACUUUUGCGGCUCAUACCGACUACCACUGCUGCAGUACCUGUGCUCACCCCAGUGCUCCUCAUCGCAGUCAUCCGGGUCUUCGCCACUCAAUCGCAUCAACAGUUCCGACGACGAGUCCGACAAUUAUAUGAACGAAGAGAUGAUCACAGAAUUCAGGCUAAAGAGAGUAGAGUAUAAACAGCAAUCAGUAAAUCUCGUGUUGCAAAGCGUUUUCCUUUGA